CGGUGAUCUUGCAUCGCCAGCACACUAGUUUUUUUUUUUUUUUUUAUCUUUUUCUUCUUCUUUUUUUCUCUCCCUCAGCCUGGUAGUCCAUCCGACGCCGAAGAUGGGGUUGCCAGCUCCAGUGGAACUUAGCUAGGUCAGCAAUCCUUAGCCGGCUUGCCUGCCAGCUUUGCUCGUCCAACAUUGGUCCAAUCAUACAUACACUGACUCGGAGCUUGACCUGGUCCUUCAAUUAUCCAGUUCAGCCCUCGACCAAACUAACAUCCAAAGCUGAUAGACGUCGGGGUUGACGUCAGUUGCCCGCUCUGCCGACCAUCAAACCAACUAAUAGAUAGAUAGUGUACGCAGACCCUUGGUCUUACAAUCGUUCAGAAGUGGUUCGACAUGCCCUCCAAGGGGUUCUGGAGGAUGGCCAUGCGCUGUCCCUAGUGACGAAUCUUCAACUGGCCCACGCUACUGCCGAUAUUCGGAACUUAGCUCAACCCAGCUGUACCAACUGUAUUUAAAGGAGACGCGAAUGUCGCGCCGCUGAGGAGUUCAAGUAAUCUCGUUCCCUUGUUGCUGUUGCUGUCAAUUAUCAACUUGAAAGAGAAAAAAAAAAACCCCUCCCCGUCGUCACCGCCUCUGCCCACAAACAUGUCGGUAGAACCAGCAACACCAGAAGCCAUGACGGACGUCAUCGUUAUCGGUGCCGGUCCCGCUGGCCUUUGCGCUGCCAAGACCUUCCUCCAGCUGCAACCCAAUGCCACAGUACUCAUCCUGGAGGCGCUGCCGUCCCUGGGAGGUGUGUGGGCGACGGAGCGACUGUUCCCGACCCUCAGGACCAACAACCUUACGGGCAACUUUGAGUUCACCGACUUCCCCAUGACGCCGGAGCGAUUCAACGUCUGCCCGGGACGACACAUCCCGGGCGAGUCCAUGAACGCCUAUUACAAGGCCUAUGCGGAACACAACCAUCUCACCGGCAGGAUACGCUACAACACCAAGGUCACAGAGGUUCGAAGACCCGCCGAGGGGGAAGGGUGGUUAGUCGACGUGGAGGAUCCCAGGAAGCCGCACGAUGAGGCGCCUCAAAAGGAGACGUUGCGGUGCAGGAAGCUGAUUGUCGCCCCGGGCGUGAACCCCACGCCUCGGAUCGCCGAGCUGCCCGGGGCGGCGGACUUCAACGCGCCCAUCAUACACUCCUCGGACAUGGGGCCCAAGUUCGAGGCCGUCUUCAACAGCGGAGCAAACAAACAAGGGGCGGCUGGCAACGACGGGCGACGCAAAAGGUCAAUAUGCGUCCUCGGCGGCAGCAAAUCAUCCUACGACGCCGCGUACCUGGCGUGCGUGACGGGCCACGAGGUCGACUGGGUCAUCCGCGAGACGGGUCGCGGGCCGUCGUGGAUCAUGCCGUCGUGGGCCAUGAUAGGCCCGUUCAAAUUUGUGAGGGAGCGGCUGGCCAGGGUCCGCCUCAUAUCCUUCAUGUCGCCGUGGGCGUUUGAAGACUUCUCUGGCGUCGGCUGGCUCCGGGAGGCUGUGCACGGGACGGUGGCGGGGAGGUUCGUCAAGGGCAACUUUUGGAAGAUCAUGCAUUUGACCACAGCGGCGCAGAGUGGCUUUAAGGGCAAGUCCCCCAACAUGGUCCUGGAGCCGAAUCAUAACCCGUUCUGGUACGGAACAGCAACUGGCAUCGACAAUUACGACAAGAGCCUUCACGAUUUUGUGAAUUCCGGACAAAUCAGAGUCCACAGGGACGCCGUAUCCCACCUCUCUGACCACAAAGUCCACCUCUGCCGCGGCAAGGAGCUCCAAGUAGAAGCCAUAGUAGCCGCGACCGGGUACUGGGCCAAGCCAGCCAUACACUUCACCCCCGAGAGCAUACACUCGGGCCUGGGUGUACCCUCCAUCUCGCUGAGCCAAUCUCAGCAGCUCCACUGGCGCAAGCUCGACGCGGCCAGCGACGCCAAGAUCGGAGCACGGUUCCCGGAGCUGAUGAAGGGCCCGCAAGACAAAAGGUCAAAAUCCUCCAGGUCAAAGAGCAGCAACAAAGCCCCCGGGGGUCGCCCCUCGGACCACGAGCUCCCCUACAGCCCCUGGCGUCUAUACCGCGGCAUCGCACCGCCCGGCCUCGCCGCGACUGGAGACCGAUCGCUCGCAUUUGUCGGCGUCGGCAACAACAUCUUCAACCUGCUGCGCCUCGAACUGCAGAGCCUGUGGGCGGCGUCGUACCUGCUUGGCCACGCGCACGAGGACCCGAACCUUAACGGAUCGGCCCUGUCCGCCAAGGCCAUAUUCGAAGACGUGGCCCUGCUGCAGCGCUGGGCGCAGCGGCGCAGCCCGCUCGGCUUCGGCAGGUCCUACCCCGACCUUGUCUUUGACCAGCUCCCCUACUGGGACCUGCUGCUGCACGACCUGGGCCUGCCGACCGCGAGGAAGGGGAGCACCUGGAGGGAGCUGUUUGAGCCGUACACCCAAGACGACUAUAGCGGUCUCGUGGAAGAGUACCUAGCCAAGGGGCGUAGGGGGGUGGACGAGACCACGCCGCACAGGGUUAUGUGCGAGUCGCGUGAGGAGCGAAGCAGCUUAAACUAUGCGCUAAAGGUUGUUCAGUGGGUGGGUUUGACUUCCAUGACGCUGUGGUUUUUCUAUUGGGUUUUGGUGGUGAGGCAGUUUUGAACUGGGUUUUGUUAUCUUACAAAUCGAAGCGCAUAGUCCGGGUGGGGCGGUAGGUUAAACUCCCUCCUAUAGCGGCUGCGAAGAUCUCUGUGCUGAUCUUAAUUCUACAACUUCCUUAUGUCAGUACCGAAUUAGUAAUUUUCAUUUUCUAC